AUGUCCCUAUUCUCGGGUCUCCUGUGCUGUUGUACGCGUUCGCGUCGCGAUUCUUUUGAUUCCGUGAACGAACGGACUUCCCUGAUACACAAUGAACAUCUCAGCGAAAAUCUCGACGAUGUCCAGCCAGAUCAGGACAUCGUCGACCAGCAACGCCUGAGAGAUAGAUGGGCGGCAGUGGUUCGCGAGAAAGAAGGGAGACUCAUCAACAUAUCCAACCCCCUUCCGUUCAACUUCUACAAUCGCACUCAUAUACCCGCAGCGUAUGGCCCAAGCUCGUCCAGGAGCACCAGCACAUCACUGGAAAGAUACCACUAUCCUUCCAGACGCACGGAGCCUGGGCUAUCCACCGACCCAAUCCUCACACCGUCACCCGUCGACUACCUCGCUGCCGCGUUCUCGGAGGACAUAGUGCCCACCAUUGUCGGCCCAUACGGAGUAGACAUCCAUGGCGUCAACGGCGACGGCGACGAUGGAGAGGGUAAUGCAGAAGGCCGCGUCCUGCAAGCGCAUAUCCGCAAUCCCAUCCUCGGGAUCCGACUCGUCCAGCCUUCAGCCUCCGGGGCUGGCGUUGAUCUGAAAGGGAAACACGCGGAGGCCAUGAGGGGCAGGGAUCGCGUCGCCUGGGGACCUGCAGACGGUGUUGAUGUUGAUGGCGGUCUCCCGGCCUUGGACGCGGAUUCGGAGAUGACACCCACGCCGUCCAGGCUGGCCGUGAAAACACAGAUGCCCCCGCGUGCCUCCCCUAAUGAUGCGGACUUCGACGUCGGCGAGAUCUGCGUCAGCUGGAGCGACUGA